AUGCCUUUACAUGGUCGCACUGUGGUCCGCGGAGUGCAGAACGAUUAUCGUGAGCUGAAGCAAAUAGGAGAGGGCAUCUUCGGACGUUGCUUUAGUGCCUAUCGCGUAUAUGACAACGAGCUUGUCCAGCUCAAGGAGUACAAUGUCACAUCCAUGUCUAUUGCGGAUCGCCGCCAGCUCAUAGAGGGCAUUGAGAUUCUCCAGUGCAUGUACUACCGCCACAUAGUUCGGUUUUACGCCAGCUUCGGCGAUCCAGAGGCAGAUGUCCACUAUGUGGAGACAGAGCUCUGCGCUGGUGGAUCCCUCCGCGAAUUGAUUAAUUACUAUCGUGGUCUUGCUACUUCUGGAGUAGUCAGUCACCAAGGCGAGCCGCCCGCACUAGGAACAUACAGAUCAGGAAGAAGCGUUUAUAUCGACGAGGCUAUCGUCUGGAACAUUGCUGCUCAAGCAAUAGCCGGCCUUGCGUUCUUGCACAAUCAAACGGAGGACGGCGAGCGAUGCGCCGUUGCUCACAGAUACAUUUCUCCCGAGAGCUUCGGUAUCAAUGGGGACGGAGUCUUAAAGCUGGAUAACUUUGAGAUCGCAGUCGUUGCAAAAGCAAGCAACAGUCCCUUUAAUGAGGUAGAUCGAUCUGUGACUGGAGUGGUCGGGGUUCCCGCCUACCGUGCCCCGGAGAUUAAAGAGGGGGAGUACUACGGGCCCCCGUCUGACAUUUGGUCUCUCGGCUGUGUCCUUCUGGAACUAUGCACCCUGAGAGUGCCGCCCGUGUAUGUCAGCGAAUCCUCAGAGUUUGAGGUUUACAUGCCCGACCAGUAUUCCUCUGAACUACGCUCCUUCAUUAGAUCUAUGUUAAAAAUUGACCCGGUGCAACGGCCCACAAGUGUUCUUCUAAAGGCUAACAAAAAUCUGAGUCGCUAUCAGCACGCAGCUGUCCCGAUUCCUGUCCUGGCUCAUGCGUCAACGUGA